CUUGUUAAUCACCGCCUUAAGAAAAAAUAUCCAUUUAAAGACUUUGCAACUAUUAUGAAAUCAAUGGUUGCAUAUGCAAUCCUAAACAUUCCUGUUGAUGAGAAUGACGAAUUUGAAAUUGGUAAUAAUAAAAUCUCUUAUAUUGUUCUUGUAUCAAAGGGCAUUAUAAAUUUUGAGAAUACAUGUGAUGAUCCUAAUGAGUCCUAUAUACAUAUGCCAUAUAUAUGGAGUUUUGAAGAAUUUAAUAUGCAAUUUUGGGUCCUACGUCUUCAACUUUUUAAAGAGUUAAAUGUUUCAGUAACAUUACGAGAUCUCUUCAGAGAUGCAUAUCAUAGUGAUCAAGAAAUCUCUCUUUUAGAUCUUGAAUUUCAGCUCCCUACAGUUAAAUCUUUAAAUAUCACAGCUGGACAGCCUCAAACCUUAUCUAAGAGAAUAGUGGAAUGUGAGUACAAGAAAGUUAAAGAUGCAUUUGAAGUUAUGGAGAAAUCAUUUGAGAACAGAAGUCCCAUUAAACAUUGGGUCCUUUUUAUCUGCACCAAUGGAUCUAAGACAAGAAAUUGUUUGAAAUCUUUAGAAAGAAAUUGUUUCAUAAUAGAUUGUGAAAACUAUAAGCAUUUCUAUAGGUAUACUUUUUCAACUCGUGCUGAAUUUUCAGCAGAGGAAUACGAAUUAAGAACAAUUAGUGGAAUAGGAAAUGCAAUUGCAUCUGCCAUCAAGGAUAAAAGACCAUUUGAGGAUGAAAAUGAUCUUUAUGAUAAGGUUAAAAACAUUCCUAUGGAGGCAAGAAAAAAAAUCAAG